UAUGUUAACGUAUGAGAUAUCCAAAAUUAAUGUUUUACUCUAAUAGAUAUAUGCAUUCCAUCUCUUUAAGACAUUGCCAUUUACCAUAGUAAAGCAAUUUUUCCUCAACAGUUUUACCUAGCAUCUUUGUUGCUAAGAUAUAUUGUAUAAUCAAAAUUAAAAGGCAUCAUAAGUAUUUUUAGUAAUUAGUGGAAUCUUUGAAUUAAGAGAAACAACAGAUACUACUACAAAAUCUAUUAAUAUUUAUACACCUGGAUAAUUGAUAGGUGAUUUUGAAUGUGUAAAUUUCUUUUAAACUAGAAAAUCACAGGCUCUAUGUAUUAGUGAUGAAGGAUCAGUACUAGUAUUUGAAGGAGUUUAUUUUUUGAAUUGGAUUCUACCUAAUAUACGAAAGAAUUUUGUUUCUAAGAGAACAAAUGAAUUUAAAUAGACUUAAAAAAGUAUUUAGAUGAAAAAGACAUUAUAAAAAAUAUUUCCAGAAUAAUCUAUUGAAUAAUCAUCAUAAUCAUAAUAAUUAUAAUAAUAAUAACUUAAUUAAACUAGUACUAAACACUUUCGAUUUGCUAAGUUAGCAAAUCCUCGCUUUUUCAAAUUAAGAUAGACUCCUGAAAAAUAAAUGACUCUAUAAUAGAAUAGUUUAAGUAUUAAUAGAUCUUAAUAAUAAUUACUUACAAAUAAAAGUCAUAAUAAAGUAUCAAUAGUAUCAUUUUCUACAAAAUAAGAACUAUUUUAAGGAAAUAUUAAAGGAAGAUUAUUAAGAAAUGAAUUAUUAAAUAAGUUUAUCAAUUAAUAAUCUGAAUAUUAAGAUGUAGUGUAAAAACUAAGAAGAACCUAAUCAUAAUUGGGUAUGAAUAAAUGA